AUGACACUGCUGUCUGCUGUGCGGAUCAACGGGGAUGGCCAGGAAGUCCUAUACCUGGCAGAAGGCGAUAACGUGAGGCUAGGCUGCCCCUACAUCCUGGACCCUGAGGACUAUGGUCCCAGUGGGCUGGACAUCGAGUGGAUGCAGGUCAACGCAGACCCUUCACAUCGAGAGAACGUGUUCCUUAGCUACCAGGACAAGAGGAUCAACCACGGCAACCUCCCCCACCUGCAGCAGAGGGUCCGCUUUGCAGCCUCAGACCCCAGCCAGUACGAUGCCUCCAUCAACCUCAUGAACCUGCAGGUAUCCGACACAGCCACCUACGAGUGCAGGGUGAAGAAGACCACCAUGGCCUCCCGUAAGGUGGUCGUCACUGUCCAAGCUCGGCCUGCGGUGCCCAUGUGCUGGACUGAGGGUCACAUGACACGUGGAAAUGACUUGAUGCUGAAGUGCUAUGCCAAUGGGGGCACCCAGCCCUUCUCUUACAGGUGGGCCAAGAUCAGUGGACAUACCCACCCCUACCGCGCUGGGUCCUACCACUCCCAGCACAGCUUCCACUCUGAGCUCUCCUACCAGGAGUCGUUUCACAGUUCCAUCAGUCAAGUCACAGGCCUGAACAACGGGGACCUGUUGCUGAAGGACAUCUCCCAAGAUGACGACGGGCUCUAUCAGUGCACAGUGGCCAACCACGUGGGCUACAGUGUGUGCGUGGUGGAGGUGAAGGUCCCAGACUCCCGGCGUGUGGGCAUGAUCAUCGGUGCCGUGCUGGGCUCUCUGCUCAUGCUGGGCUGCCUGAUGGUGGGCAUCUGGGGGCUCGUCUGCUGCUGCUGCGGGGGCGCCGGGGCUGGAGGCGCCCGCGGUGCCUUCGGCUACGGCAACGGCGGCGGGGGAGCAGGCGGUGGCAGCGGAGGCCAGAGAAAGAGCACCCGGAGCCCGCCCCGCAUCCCCGGGGUGCGGCGGCGCUGA